AUUACGCAGAUUAGCUGUGGAAAUACCCAUUCUGCGAUUCUUUCUGAUGAUGGUGCUCUCUACCUGUGGGGCAAAAACAUGGAUGGUCAGCUAGGAACAGGUGAUAGAAAAUCACAGAUUGUGCCCACCAGAGAACUGUGCCUUAUUGACCGAAAAAUCGAACAUGUAGCAUGUGGCAGUGACUUCACUGUCGUCAUAGACAUGGACGGAAAAGUCUGGGCCUGGGGAAGGAACGAAAAUGGUGAGGUGGGUCACCCGCCCCGAGCCGAAAGCCAACCAUUCAUCAGGCUGCCCCCUGGUGCCCAGAACGUGAUGGUUAAAACGAACAGACGAGUGAUCAGCAUUCCGUCGCGGGCGAUUAAUCUGCGGCUGGGCGUGUUGAAACCGCAGCACGUACCGGAUGUACCUGAGAUCCCACCCUUACACAGACAGGAGGGAGAGAGAGGGUUGAUUCAUCUCGAGUUACCUCGCCUACCACACGACCUAGACGAUGAGCACUGGGCAUCCAUACUAAGGCAGACCUUACAGCGGCUGUGGGGCUUGUACGACCGCGAUCGCGUGCAGGGCCGGUGUGUGGAGCAGGAUCUGUGGGACAGCGCCUCCGACGUAGCCGCACUGCGCGGAGACUUGCCUCUCGCGCUUCAAUACCGACUCACCGCGCUCGAGCAGAUGCCACCAGAGCGCGCCGAACUGACGACUGUCGCUUGCCUUGUCGUGCAGCACUACAUACGCAACUGUGUGGAGGCUGAUGGCGUGGAUGAGAUGGGUCUCCCUGCACCACCCGACUGGCUGCAACUACUUGAAGCUGCACUGAAAUUCUGGUUAACACACAAGCUGCCACUCUCUGACCUCGAGACCACUUUACGGUCGCAGCUGGACACACUAGCUCCAUCCCUAGCCAUUUACAUAAUCAGGGGCAUCGACAUGCCGGACGGCCCCCACGUGAGACUUGAUCGCCAGCUGUCCGACACGUUCUGUCUCGACGUCGUAGCCGCCGUCGCGCAGCAGAUACAGCAAGGGCAGCUGAGCACACCUCUCGUAAAACAGAUCGUCGGCGACGGCGACGACGACGACUCCGCAAAGUCCCCGCCGGCCGCGAAGCAAGAUGGCGGCGGGCGCGUCACGUCCGCCGCGCCGCCGGUCACCGCCGACCGGCUGUGGACGGAGGUGAUGACGAGCCUGCGGAUCCAGCCAGGGGGCGCCGCGCAGCAUGUCGCGCUCUCGGCGGCCGACGUCGAGCGUCUGCGGCAGGAGACGGACGGCAGCGAUGCCGACGACCGCCAGGUGGCGCUGUUCUCGUGCGGGCACAACUUUGCGCGGCACGUCUUCGCCGACGCGGUUCUCGGCAAGCUGGAGCGCUCGCUGCAGGGCAACGCGCACGUGCCCGCGCAGACCGCACAGCUCAUCGUCAGCAUGUACAAGGCUCCGGGCUUCGUGCCCCUCGCCUGCCCCGACUGCGUGCUGAGAGAGCUCGAGCAGGGCUCGCUCGAAACGAGAAUGUAA